UCAUUCCCGACCUGGAGAGCUAAGCCCAAUGGCCAUGUGCGCGCCCUGCAGGAAACACGCCUUGGGUCGCGAAAAAUGACAAUCCCAUAUUACGCAGUCAUGCAUACACAUAGAUAAGGUGCUCUUCCCCAAUAUGCGGCUCUAUAUAUAAGGCGAGGUGCAUAUCCCAAUCCGGUUUUUACCUUGUUCACCAGGCGCGGCUCAUUACACUUCCAGCGGUAUUGCUCAAUUCACGAUGGUGUCAUUCAAGUUCCUAUCUCUCGUCUGCACGGCAUCCUAUGCCUUAGGAUCGCCUCUGCCUCCCCUCGCGGAACCCAUUCUAGCCGUCCGAGCCAACACCGUUACCUACAACGCCAGUCUACCUAAUGUGACGAUCUUCGCAACCGGAGGAACAAUUGCCGGAGCGGCAAGCUCCAGCGGCCAAACCACGGGAUACCAGGCCGGCGCGGUCGGCAUCGCAGCACUGCUCGAAGCCGUCCCGGAGAUUGUGAACAUCUCCAACGUGCAGGGCGUGCAAGUAGCCUCAGUCGGAUCCGAAAGCAUUACGCCAUCGAUCCUUCUGAACCUGACGCAGCUUAUCCAGAAGGAGCUCGACAGCCCCUACUGCCAGGGCGUCGUCAUCACACACGGCACCGACACGCUCGAGGAAUCCGCAUUCUUCCUCGACCUAACCAUCCGAUCCGAGAAGCCCGUCGUUUUCGUCGGUGCCAUGCGUCCCUCCACCGCCAUCAGCGCCGACGGUCCCAUCAACCUCCUCGAAGCAGUGACUUUAGCCGCGGACCCAGCAGCGAAGGGCCGAGGCGCCAUGAUCGUGCUGAACGACCGCAUCGCCAACGCGUACUUCACGACCAAGACCAACGCGAAUGCGCUCGACACCUUCAAGGCGACUGAACAGGGUUUCCUGGGCUUCUUCAUCAACAUCAAGCCCAAGUUCUACUACCACCCGGCGCUGCCCUUGGACAAGCCGUAUUUCGACCUCUCGGGCGUCAAGAGCGGCGCCGAGUUGCCCCAAGUCGACAUCAUCUACGGGUACCAGGCGCUGAACCCCGCUAUCGCAACAGCUGCUGUCGCGAGUGGCGCCAAGGGCCUUGUGCUUGCGGGUAUGGGCGCGGGAGGCUGGACUGAUGGUGGAAACGAUGCCAUCGAGGCGCUCAUCAAGACGAAUAAGACGCCUGUGAUCUACUCGCGACGUACGAUGGACGGAUACGUCGAGCCGACCGGGUCGUUUGGAAUCGGUGGUGGUUUCUUGAACCCCCAGAAGGCGCGUAUUAUGCUGCAGUUAGCUCUGCAUGCUGGAUACGGCGAGGCCCAGUUGAAGACGAUAUUCGAGUAUUAUGGAUAGAUUAUGGACGAUAAACGAUAGACGGAACCUGUCUUCCAAUGAUAAUGAAUAAUAAAUAAUUGAUUGUCACGAACCCGAUUGUUGCGCCGUGGAUGC